UCUUCCACAAUCCUCCUCUCCCUCUCUGUGCUGGGUUGGUAUUUAAUCCCUUGAUGAUAUCAGGCAAGGCUGAGGAUUUCAAAAGAAAAGUUUCCACAACAGCUUAACAGAGAGGAAAGGGGACGUCAAGGACAACUCUUAGAAAAGGACAAUAAAAGGGUCUGGUGGGAACAGCCACCGAGGGUAGUAGAUGCAUGUUUGCAGGGAAGUCAUGACAGAGAAGAUGUGAUAGUGCUUUAGGUAAUGAACGGAGAAAGUAUCUGAGAUUGAAGAAGACAAUGAGUGAAACAGAGAGAAAAACUGAGAUUGUGCAAGAGGGAAGCAAGAGGCAGGCUUUUUCGCAGAAGACUGGAGUUUGCAAAGAACAAGAAGGAGGCGGGAGCUGAUAAGAGAGGUGUAGAAUAGUUUUAGAAGAUCACAGUAUGCUGUAAAGUAGACUAUCAAUAAAUGUAGCUAUCAGUAACAUCAUCGAGAAAGUAUCAUAGAGAGGACGCCUGUGACCUGGGACAGGUGGAGGGAAUGUCUACCUGUAAAUGACUGACACCGGGACCAAUGUCACCAUAGAGACCAAGGAUUCGUCCAAGGUUGUUAGAAUGUAACUCAAUUUAAUCCCAGAAUUUCUACCAGAUUCCGGUCAAUUGCUACGGGGCUUUGCAUAUCACAAGGUUAUACGGGAUUAUAGUCCUUCUUAGUAGAUUUACUGGAUUUAAAAAACAGUGUUUCAAGACAAUCUCUGGAUUUAUAGAAAAGUAUUUCAACAAUUUUUCUGGAUUUAUAGAACAAGAUUAGCAUUGGAUUCUCAAUCACCAUUCCAAAAUUAUCCUUGGAUUUAUAGACUGCCAUCCCAGGAAUCACCCACUAAUCACACAUUAAAAGGCAAUUUCAGGAUCUAUAGACGGCCCUAUCAGGAUUAUCACAAAAUUCAGACUGGAUUACCCCAGUGCGUGGGGUAAUAUAACCGUUUGGCAGAGAAGAAAUUCUAUAUGAUCAAAAUUUUAAAAAUUUAAUUUAUUUAGACAGAUCACUAGUGGAUUAUCCUGGGAUUUUAUCGAAUGCCAGUCCAGGAUUAUUUCUGCAAUUUUAAAUGACUAUUGAUGGAUUUCGUCUAGGAUUAUAUCAGGAGUUAUAGACUGUCAAACCGGAAUUAUCUCAAUAUUUCUAGACUGUCAAUGCAGGGUUAAUCAAACUAUUUAAAGAUUACCUUUCAAGGAUUAUUCCAGCAGUUUGGUGGAUCCGUUGGCGGACGUUCCUGGAUGAAAUCAGGUUUCGCAGUCUGAUAGUCUGAGAUUAUCCACGGAUAUACAGGAUUAUCACAGGAAUUACAGACUGUUAGUGACGGAUUACCACAAUAUUUACAAACUAGCAGUCCAGGAUUCCGUUUAGAAUAGAUAGACUCUUCUAGGCAUUUCUUAUCCAUUUGAUCUGGUGACCCUGGAUUAUUCUACAACAAAAACUUCACAGUGUCACGAAGGAUUAUGUUUGGAACGCGGAUUAGACUAUUUCCUACAGCUUCAAUGAGACAGUCUUUAUUCUCUUUGCAAUUUUUCAUCUACCAAUAACUCUACAUUUUUUUUGGUUUAUCAGUCCGUUUUUGUUCUUCGCAACUUUCUUCCUAUUUAACCUACCGGUUUGUCUUCUCCUCUUCUCUCUUUCUUUCUCCACUUUCUCUCUCUCUCUUUCUCUCAAAAUUCGGAUUAUGUUGGCAGAGCUGGUGUUACUUUGUUUUGCGUUGUGAGACGUGGUCCAGUGGGACUCUGACAUACACAGACAGAUGUCAGACGAGGAGCAAUCCCCAGAACCCAAACCCUCUCGGGCCAUGGGCAAGGAAAUUACUAUGAAUCCAUUGCAGGAAUGGGGUGAGGAGAUUGAAGAUGGAGCCAUUUAUGGCGUGACACUGAGGAGAGUGAGGACAGAAACACCACCUGAAGACAACCUGGCUGUUCCUUCUUGCCCUGGUUAUGUUCAUUAUAAGACCUGUAAAGUUCGAAGUCUACGUGCUGGAACUCUUCAGAAGCUGGUAGAGAACCUCCUGGUAGAAUAUCAAGGAACUGAUACUGCCUACGUACCUACCUUCCUGAGCACAUAUCGUUCCUUUACAACCCCCCAGAAGGUGCUGGAGCUGUUGUUGGACAGACGCUUAGAAAAAGUGGGCAAUGAAGAAACUCUUCCUCCUGGAAGCCCAGUUCCAGAUGUCCUGCGUGUACAGAGGGUUAUCCGGGGCAUCCUCCAGACCUGGUUAGAGACACAUCCUCAGGAUUUUCUAGAUACCCCUCAAUGCCUACAUCUCAUCUCGUCCUACCUAACCCAUGAUAGCCGUGAGACCGCAAAUCACCUUCUUCACCUGGUACAAAGUUUAGAAGAAGAAGGAAAACAAGACGUGACUCUGCAAGAAUGGAAACUCUCCACGCAGCCUUCAGAACACAACAAGGAGAGCGCCGAGGCCUCAGGAAACAUCCCCGAAUUAUUGUCCUAUCCCUCCCAGGAAGUGGCCGAACAACUUACCCUGAUUGAUGUGGACUUAUUUCAGAGGCUCCAAACGUGUCACUGUCUCGGCAGUAUUUGGUCACAACGUGACAAGAAGGAAAAUAGACACGUGGCCCCCAGUGUUAGGGCCACUGUGGCUCAGUUUAAUGCAGUGACAGCGUGUGUAACAGCAUCUGUGCUAAAUGAUAUUCAGCUCAGACCACAGCAGAGAGCGAAGGUGCUAGAGAAAUGGAUUGGCAUAGCACAGCACUGCCGGUUCCUGCGCAAUUUCUCUUCUCUUAGAGCUAUUUUGUCAGCUCUGCAGUCAAACUCCAUCUACAGACUGAAGAGAACAUGGGCGUCAGUGAGCAGGGAUAAUCUGAUGGUCUUCCACAAAUUAUCCGCCAUUUUCUCUGAUGAAAAUAACCACGAAAUGAGUCGGGAGAUUUUAAACAAGGAUGAGAUUCCACUCCGUAGAACACACAGUGCGCGCAAUGAGCCACGCCCUCUCCGGCGCUCAGCAUCCCAGGUCCACUCUGCGAGACCGACGCAGGGAACGGUGCCAUACCUGGGGACAUUCCUCACAGACCUCAUCAUGUUGGACACAGCGUUACCAGACUUUGUGGAGGGUGGGCUCAUUAACUUCGAAAAGAGGCGUAAGGAGCACGAGGUUCUGGCUAAGAUCCAGAAGUUGCAGCUGACAUGCCGACACUAUGUCCUGACACGAAAGCCAGAAUUUAUCCAGUCAUUUUACGCUCACCGACAGUUGACGGAGGACCAAAGUUACAGGAUCUCUCGUACCAUUGAGCCCCCUGCUGAUUCCUGUCCGAAUUCCCCCCGAAUCCGCAGGAAACUCACAAAACGUUUCAGCUCUUUGUUGCUAGGCUCUGAAGUAUUUGGUCCUAAGUUAAACGGUGAGCGUGUGUCUCCUUCAGGAUCCUGUAGCAGCUGUGAGAUUGAUGAAGGACUGAUUGCUGCUCUAAUCCCAGCUGAAUCUGCCUCAAGCCAGAAUUUCACAGAACCUCUCACCCCACCAGCGACUCCAAUCCGUGAUGAUUUAUCGCGCCCUGUCUCUUCUCCUCGUUCUCCUGUUUCCCCAUCCUGCGCGCUCCCUGUUUAUAACCAGCAGAUUGCUGAUCUCUGUAUCAUUCGUGUCAGUAUGGAAAACACACAUGGCAACCUUUAUAAGAGUAUAUUGCUCACUAGCCAGGACAAAUCCCGUGUUGUAAUACAGAGAGCUCUACACAAGCACAAUAUAGAAUCGUGUCAACCGGACGAUUUCCAGAUGGUACAGAUAUUAUCCGAGGGGAAAGAACUGACCAUCCCGGACUCAGCUAACGUGUACUACGCUAUGAAUACAUCAGCAAAUUUUGACUUUGUUCUCAGACGCAGAGUGAAAGAAAGCUGAUUUUGGAGCCAAUGCCUAUCCACCAUGCUGUCUCGCAUUCCUUUUUUAUCCAAAACUUCAAACAUUCCUUUGUAUUAUUUAACUCUUUUCUCCCUGGGCCCUAUCGAUAACCCCACGCACCCCCACCGCUCUCCUCACGUACUGAUUUAGAACAUGCACCCCAAAUAACUUUACCACUAUCUGGGAGUAAGUAUAACAAUCAAACUUUAUAUAAUCCAGAUUUAUACAAAUACAAGCAUCCAGGUGCCUAACAGGGCCAGUGGCUGGCAAUGAGGGAUUUGAAGUUCAAUAAGAGACUAUGUUUGUCGUAUUUUAGUGUAUUUAUUUAGCAGACUCAUUUUCAGACAGAUUUUUAUUGUUUUAGGGGUUAAUUUAAUAAACCGUAACUGCAGAUCACUGAAAAGGGAAUUGCAAUACUUCAGCUAAAGUAGCUACUCAGGAAAUAUGGAGUUGGAGAAUUCAUUUUGCACAACAAUUUUAGCUAAUAUUUUUUCAAUGCUAUCCAUUCGCCAGUGAUUGGUGUAUACAUCUCUUAAGCUAUAGCUUCAUGCAGUUCCUGUGACAAAAUGGCAACCUAAAAUCUUCCUGUGUCCUAAUUGGCUUAUUCACAAGCAUUCCAAAAUGGCGCCAUGCUACAUCUUGAUCAUUGCCACAUAAGGGGAAGCACAGCCAGCACUGUCUAUACUAAAAUUUGUGGAGCUUCAGAUUGAUACAAAACAUGUUGAGCAGUGUGAUUAAUACAGAAAUGAAUAGUUUGUGAGGGCAGUAGCACUGAUAACAGCCAAUAGUGUCACAUAGCCGAG